AUGGCUUCUCCGUCUGCUGCUGCCCUGAGCGCUUACCGCCAGGUCAUUCGCGCUACUCGUGUUGCUUUCCAAGCAGAUGAUGUACGGGUCAUGAUGGCUGCUCGUCAAGAAGCUCGUCGCGCCUUUGAUCAGAACCGCCGUGUUGCUGUGGACACUGGUAUGCAAAUCAACCACGCCAUUGAGGUUGCCAACAUCCUGCGCCACAACUUGGUCCAGGGCGCUCGAGAGGACGGUAAUGAAGCCGCGAAAUGGGAGCUCCGAAUCCACGAUGAGAUCGAACGCGGCGACAACGACUCCAUCAAGGUUGGUGGCAAGGAUGUUAAGAUCCACAAGGCUUGCUCAUCGUAA